AUGGGUAGCGACGUCGCGGGGCGGCUGGACACGCUGGUGUUCAGGUUGCACCACCCUUUGACCAAGAUACGGUCCCGGGCACUGCACAAUUUGCUUUUCAAACUGCGGGAGCGUUUGGUGCGCUGGCAGGAGCUAGAACCGCUACAGAGCUCGCUGAUCCCGAGUCUCCUGGCUUGUCUCGAGCCACCUCUAGAGCUUGACACUCUGCACGUACUAGAGCUACUGGUGCAAAGCCAGUCGGAGGUGAUUCUGGCCAGUCUGCAGCACUUCGGUGCAGCUCAGAAGCUCCAGCAAGCUGCCAACAAGAAUCUAGAGCUGCAAACCAGCUACGAGAAGGUGGAGCAGUUUAACGCCAAUAGAGUGCUGCCAGAUCGACGACAUGCUCCUAAAGUCGACGUUCUAGAAGCUCAAGGAUGGAAGUUUGCGCAGGUAACACUGACGUCAGUGGACGAUCAGUAUUUGUUUGAGUUCGAGGUGAAGCUUCAGCUGAGGACCGAGACGCGGGACAUCGUGGCAGCGUGUGCGACGUUUAGAAACGAAUUGCUGCGGGAUUUCCCGGCGGAGGUUUUCUUGCAGAGACCGACAGUGCUACAGUAUUUAUUGCAUCUAGUGCAGCAGCCACUUCUGCCCGAAAGUCCGGGAACAUCGAGCGUAGCGAGUGUGGAUGAUGACGUCUUGAUGGAGCGAGCGAUGGAGGUGUCUUUGGGCGUCAACUACUUUGACGACAUGCUGAACGAGACGUUUUCGAACAAACGUGGGAAUUUAUCUGGUGCGGUGGUGAUGGCGAGCGUCAAAGCGAUCGAGUCGUUUUUGUAUGCGUUAAAGCUCUCACAAAGGAUGUGUCUUGAUCCGACGUACGUUGUGCACGCCCCUAAUGUGCAUGUGGAGUUGUUCGACUCGUACGACACACGACGAGUGCUCUAUCCGCGUGCGAGUGUGGAGGUUGAGGAUCACGUGGGUAGACUAAGGGGCGAGAGGAAUGAUCAGCAGGAGCAGUAUUCGCUGAGUGGAGUCAUGUACAGGAUAUUCACAAGUGUUUUACCCUUGAUGCGGUCCGCGAGACACCCACGAUUACACUUGCUAAAUCUCCUAAUAUCGACACUUCCUGACUUACCUGAGAAAGGCUGUGCGGGUAUUGCAGAUACAGGCGUCCAGGAACUGGAUAAAGAGCGGCUUGAGCAGAUUUUAGACAUCCUUAGUGGGAUCUGCAGACCUGUAGCGUCGGAGCAAGCAGGAAUUGCAAUGGUGGACAACGAGCUUGAGCUCACGCAUUCUAUGACAUGGAAACUAGUGGAGCUUGUGCUUCGGUUACUUCGAGUGUAUCCGUCGUCUCGAUAUCACACUGAUAGAAGCGGUGGAAUUGUCGUUCCUAGACUCUUGUGGGAAGCAGUGAAGCUGUGGAUUGCCAAUCCGUUGCUCCCUAAAGUGGCUGCUCAAGAGUGGAAGGAUGAAUCGCUCAUACUAGAUCUGGCAGCAAUUGACCCCACUAUCCCUGCCUUCGUUACGCUAAAGCAGUCCUCCACACAAGAUGCGAAACUAAUUCUUGACUUUGUGGAGGUAGCCAAGGCUCACCGUCACCAAUUAGUAGAUUUUGGUCCAUGGGAAACACCAGUUAUUGUGAAUGUGGAAGCUGCUCUAAAGACUAUUCGAGUCAGAUAUGCCUUUGAUGAGCUGGACUCUGAGGUCAUUGCAGACGCCACACUUCAGGCAAUUUGGUCAGCUCUGACUCCUGACACUGAAAAUGGCACUGGGAGUCUGUCAGAAAGGGAAAUUGAAACCAUUCACUUCAUAUUUUGUGAGCUGCUGAGUAGUGUGGACGAAGAGAAAGCGCCUACGUCGCACGACUCGAUGGUAUUUUACUUUUUCCGUGGUCUAGUUUUGUGUGAACCAAGGUUCCUUACGCUCUUGUUGCUGGUCUUAGCAAGACAAGAAACUGGCGAUCAAGUGAACAGCUCGGCCUUGUGGGUCAUUUUACUUGCAGCUUUGAACCAACUAGCAGGCGUUUCCAGCGACAAACUGGCGCGUCUCCAGCCGGUGAUCCCACUGCUCCAACACUUUGCAUACAUCGAACCGUCGGAGGGAUCUUCACCAGAGCAACGUUCUACCCAGCCACAACUAGCACAAGUCUUGAACCGAGUGGAAACGACCGUCCCAGACCACGCAAGACAUCUCUUAAUGUGUCGGUGUUUGCUACACGAGUCGUCAUACAUCCGCAAGGCUGCAGCUUCUGGGGUUCUCCGGUUGCUGUCUCGAGUUCAUCCGUCGUGUGUUGACUGGAUUUCGAAGCACAAAGACAUACUUGAUGACCCAUUCGGAGGUCGAUUUGACUACGGUGGCAAGAAUGUGAAUCUCGAAGCAACGCUCAUGGAGACUCCUCUGCCUGUUAGUCGUGCAAGUGACUAUCAGCCAAGUGAGAACGAGUUAUCCUCACAGCUGAGUAAGUUAUCUCACUUGUACAAAGUGAUCUCUGGAUCGUCGUCUGGCUUUGAGAGCAUGAAAGAAGCGGCACUUAAAGAGUUGGUCGUGUUCAUUGAAAACGCGUCAGUGGAGAUGUUCACUCUAUUUGAAGAGCUGGACAAGUUUUCGGAUAUUGUGGAUCUUCUUCGUGCAAUUUUCGACAAGGAGGCUGGUCGAGAAGACUCGUCGAUGAUUCUGCAAGCCCUUCUUCUGUUUAGAAUGCUAUUGCUCCGAAGUCGGCUGUUACGUUCUGCCAUACAACAUGAUGACAGCACGAUGGGACGUCUCAUGCCGUUGAUUUUCCAUCCGUCGCCUACUAUUCGAGCGCAGAUGUACUACAUCAUUCUCCUGAUGACAUGCUCAGCUGAAAAUUUUAUUCCCAAUGGAGCACCAGUCGAUUCUUUGAACAUUGACAAGACCACACUCAGCGAAGACGCGAGGAUUCCCGAGAUGAUCAAGUCGACAUUCGGCCUGUACUCCAGUCGGUGGGCACGGUGCUUUAUUGCUACCUGUUCGCUGACACAGCAGCUACAAGCAACUGCUGAACUCUUGGCUCGACGCACCGAUACGUUGUGGCUGCAAGAACUCGACGGGGAGAAUAGUGGCGGAUUCGACUCAUUAUUGAAGGCAGAGUAUGCACUUGCCACCCAGAAACUCCGAGAUGCGCCGUCGCACGGGAAGUGCCUGAAUGCAGUCUAUCAUGUGAUGACGAUUUGCAACGCUUGGCGCUUUGCUCGCGAGCGCUUCAUUGGGGAAUGGGAAGGAGAUUUCGAACGGUAUUUCGCUGUACCACCGAAAAACGAACGAGACGAAGUAAUAGUUGGCGCGCUUGUAAGCACUCUAAGUGUGAUGUUCGGUGCCAUGACCAGAGGAGAACAAUUGCGGGCGCUUGUUGUAGUGAAGCGCAGAGUUCUCCCGCUGCUGAAAAGAUCACAAAGCAAGGCUUUCUCUCUGCAAGUUGCGCGGCUGUUGCUCAACGUUAGCGAGUCCAAAGUUAGCGAUUUGUUCUUGUCCCUAGCUGCUGAUACUGACAUCAUCUCAGCGAUCUGCACCAAGUACUCAGCAAUCUACGCAACAGAGCCUGUUCUUCAUGGUUUGAUGCUGGAGGUUCUGUUACGAUUCGCCCAAGGCAUGGACAAGAAUGCAAGCCCUCGCUUGCCUGAGCCCUCGCGUGACAAGAUCUGCAAGCGCCUUCUGGAGAUGUUGUCGUCGUUGCUUACGGUCGUAUGUCGUCACCGUGUCCCAGGUUCCUUCCUGGAGCGGGACGUCUUCUCUGUUGGAUCUCAAUGCAUGGUGGCCAUCCUACAAACGCUUCCACGAGGGUCUCUUGUAUCUAGCGACAGUCCGCUGCAACAUACUGACAGCAGUAUCCUUCUCGACGGUAGCUGGGCGUCUCGUUUUCUCUUCGACCACGUAGCCCCGAUCCGCGAGCUUGGCUUUCGUGUUGCUGAGCUGGCUACUUCCUGGAGUCCUUCGUCAUCACGAUUGCUGGAGAUGGCGCUCGAAACGUCAACAGAUGACACCGAGUCCGAUGCUGUGCGUGCGGCAGCUUGUACUGCUCUGACUCAAGAGAUUCUUCGGUACCAUGAACGUGCCCCAGAUCGACAAGCUGCCCUGACAGAGAUGUGCCACGGAACCACAUUUGCUGGCAAAGUGCUGCGGUCACUGUCUGACGGCUUGAAAGGCAACAAGCUGCUCGCUCGCACUUCUAGCGCGUUUGCGCGACUGGUUCGAGUACUCUACAUGCAGAGGGAUUGUUUGGCGUCACAUUUUGGAGACAUGCAGAAGGAGUUGCAGACUGCUGAAGAGAAGGAUGACAUCUACCCGCUCCUCAUUCAAGUGCUAUCCCUCCGAGAAUGGAAGCAAAAGGUCGAUCAUUUCAGCUCCUGUUGUAUGCAUUUACCAUCCUGCGACGACCAUGCAUGGAGAUGUUCGCUGCUUCCUGCCAUCUUAGACCUGAUGGCUGAAGUGCUGAAUCUUCUCCAGGCUGUUUGUCGUGACGGUGGUUUCGAUCAAGUGGCAUUCUUCCUGAUGCAUACAACUUUGCAGUAUCAGCUGAUGGAACUCGUACGGGACCUCCAUGCGUCGUUAAACGGCACGUUAUCGGUAGCCACAAGACGUAGGCAUUACGAAGUUCUCGACCUCUGUGCUGGCACACUCAGCAUCCUGUUGAUGCAAGCUUGUGACCAGCAGAGCGAGUACAACGCAGAACAGUUCGGAGCACCGAAAACACCAGGCUUUGGGGCGGAUUUCGUCGAUACGGUGGCAAAGCUGCUAGCACCUGAGCACCCCAUUGAUUUCCGUGUGUCAUUCAUUAGAAUUGUUCCAGCGAUGUCAUUGCUGAUACCUGGAUCUCUCAAGUCUUCUGAUGCUUCUGUCAUCACUGCGUUGUGCUCCGUCGUGUUCGACCUUUAUCAAGAGGUAGCAGAGUUCAGGCCUCUAAAUGCGAGUACUGCCACGUCUAAUUUACAAGGUCGGGUGUUCCCGUUAGCAUCGGUGCGACGUGUUUCAUGUUCCCUUCAAGUGCUGCUCGAGACAAGUCCAAGUCUCCAACCUCUCGUUCGCGUUAAGCGUGGUGUACCCUUUGCAAUGGCUUCCAUUAAAGAAUCAUUCACUGCGAUUCGCAUAGCUGGCGGCUUCGGUGGUAAGCGAGUGCGAAGUUCGAACCCCAGCUCCAAGACGCAGGACACCUAUGUGCUUGACCUCUGCGGACGCAUCCAGACACACAUGGAAGUUGUGAGUUCCAUCAUUGGAGGCGACAAGGAAAGCCAGCAGCUGACAAAGGACGAGGGUCUUCUUAACGCAGUUCUGUCGAAUUGGAGCCUGAUGAAGACGGCUCAUGUGCGUGGGUCUCUGUUGAUGCUACGUGCGCUUCACCUCUUGGUGAAUUAUAUCUACGGAAACGACAGUGCUCGAACUUCGAUGCUGAUCUCGCUGCCUGGAAGAGGGGACAAUGCCCACACUCUUCUGUCCUUGUUGUUCGACCUGGCCAGUACCCGAGGUGACGUGACGUCUUCCCAAAAUCGUGUUUCGAACGAUAGUACCGACGCAGACAUGGCCUUAAGCAACGCUGCCUGCCAAGUGCUGAAGGCAGCUCUACUCCACCCUGAAUGCGUGCAAGGUUGCGUGAAGACAGGGUCGAUGUCUAAGCUGGUUACUUCGCUCCAAGAUCGUCUUCAGCAGGCCAGACAAACCAGCAAAAUGGAUCACCGGGAGAACGAGAAUCUUGCGCACAUGCUGAGCGUCCUCAGCAGCAUCGCUAGUACCGAGAAAGGUGCUCGCGUGCUAUACACCAGCUUGGCCACUGUGCUCUCUCUCGUAAUCGACGAUGUGACGCAUCUGCCCAGUAAGACAAUUCGACGCAGCGGGUGCUUGUUCUUGAGGAAUCUUUGUCUCUCACAAGCCACCAAGAACCAUUUCGCCAUUUGGGAAGAGCUGCUGGAUGAAAUGGUAGCUUUCUGUGUACGUGUGAGUGACUCGGCACACGAGGACUCGAUCUCUCUGGGAUACGUGUCCGUAGCUCUCUGGGCGCUCGUCAAGUGCUGGACGCGCAAACUUCUGGUACGCCAGUCGAAGGCUCCUCGACGGACAUAG